UGAUGGCGGUCCAAGAGCAAACCAGAAAUGGCACACCACCAGAGGGGUGCCGACCAAAACUCACGGAUGGAGCCAUUUCGGUACACAGCCCUUGAACUUUUGCGGCUCUCCUCCACCACUACCACUCGCAUCGACGGUUCUCUACUUCUGCCAGGUGGCAAGGAUACUCAGCCGGAGAUGCUAGCCUAAAUGCAUUGAGGUCCCCUUUUCAAUGAGUGGACUACAGAACACUUUUCUACUUCGGUCUUUCUGUAUUCGCUUUGUUUAGCAGUGCAAGCUGGAGUAGGUAUUGGUUGGAACUGGACAUUUUGGCUGCACGUUUCUCUGCCAUUCUUGUUGGACUGCUUCGGUUACUUUAGGUAUAUGUCUGCCUAGCCUUGAAGUCACUAAGCGCGAGCAGAUUGCACGCAACGUUGCAAUGAGUCGAAGUGGACCUGUAUCCAGAGCUUCAAGUUUUGCCCACAUUUUAAAAAAGAAUGUUGGUGACCAGACAGGACACAAGAAAGUCUCUUCGUUUGCUAAUGUCACCUCGGAGGAUUCUGGAAGAGACCAAUAUGGUAGGCCAAAGGUUGGGAUUGCCGAGCUGAUGGAGAGAUAUAAAAGUGGACAAACUCACUCUGUGUCUGCAUUGCACCAGCUGUCACAAGUACUCGGUUUCCAGCUGGAUUUGAAAGAGACAGUCACCACAGGUAACGUCACGACUUUAUACUUUGCAUACUGCGCUGUGAUUGAUGGUGUGGAAUACAAGACGGGCAUGGGGGUGAAUAAGAAGGAGGCGAAGGCCAAAGCGGCUCAGCUUGCGUUACAGGACCUCAUACCCGUGUUAGAAAACCAAGGAGCAUUUCAUGGUGCUGUGGCGGGAAUACCAGGACCUCCCCCCUUACCUGUGAGGGAACCUCCCACUUCAGAGCCACAUUCAGGGAUAUUGGUCCAUGAGAGGAAGAACAAUCCUUUGGAGGAGCAAAUUCUGAAUGCUGUUAAGGAGUCGUUCACAAAGUUGCUGAGCAUGUACCCUGAGCUUUCAGGAUGUGGGAGCACAGUGGCAGCGUUUGUAACCCAAUCAUCUACCGGCUACGAAGUGGUGGCCAUAGGUACUGGCAGUUACAACACAAAAGAAAGCAUUACACCAAACGGGCGAAUCCUGCAUGAUUCCCAUGCAGUUGUAACAGCACGUCGAUCCUUACUGAGGUAUCUCUAUAGGCACCUGCUGCUCUUCUUCAGCAAAAACAACCAUCUGCAAGAGAAGUCGAUUUUCCAACAAGAUGAGAAGACCAAGCUGCUCAGCCUAAAGAGUGAUGUCAAACUGCACCUGUACAUGAACCAGCUUCCCAAGGGGGCCGCUCAGAUCCCGCCGCACUUGCGCCUGAAUCCACUAUCGAUGUCUGCCUGGGAAGUAAACAAUCAGAUCAGCCUCCAUGUAACCAUUGAGGGGAAGGUCUUCUCUGUCUUCUCUUCCACAGUUGACCAGAUUGCCUCCAAGGUGGUCAGUAUGUCCACCACAGACAAGAUCACCCAGUGGCAGGUUCUGGGCUUCCAAGGAGCCCUCCUCAGCCACUUCAUGGAGCCCGUGUACGUCAGCAGCAUUCUUAUAGGGGAUGAGAGUUGCAGCAACACUCGGGGCAUGGAGAUUGCUGUGAACCAGCGUGUGGAUGGCGUUACCACAAAGCUGCCGAUGUACUACUGCGUCGUCCGACCGCACAUCAGUUUGGUGACCAACAUAACACCUCCUGGUGUGCCCUCUGCUCAACGCACUCUCAGCAUCAACUGGAGUCAAGGGGAUGUCUCCCUGGAAGUGGUCAAUGGGCUAGAAGGCAAGACUGUGGAGGAAUCACCCUUCAAGAGUGGGCCGGCCCUGGCCAGUCGUCUGUGCAAAGCAGCCAUGUUGAGUCGCUUCAACUUGGUGGCCAAAGAAGCACAGAGAGAAGAUCUCAUGUGUGCUGCUUCCUACAGGGAGGCUAAGGUACAAAUGAUGGCAAAACCCUAUCAGGAGGCCAAGAGUGUCUUCAAGUCGUACCUGGCUCUGAAGGGCUUCGGAUCGUGGGUGGAGAAACCUUCUGUCAGUGAGCACUUCAGCAUGUGAGGCCCUUUAGUUCCAUGCAGAAUACACUACGGCCCCAAAUAUACAGUUUGUGUUUGCACUAAAGUUAUUCAUUUGAUUAGCCUGAAAAUAAAUGGUCUACUUUGUUAACA